CCUAUUCAGGUUUGGUGGGCGAACUCUUCCUUUUAUAACAGGACAAGUAAUGCUAACGAUUUACUUUUCUUCAAUUUUCCACAUCUCUUUAUAAAAAUCCUACCAUCUUGUACCUGAAAUUCGUAUCUGAUUCUAUCUCUAUAUAUUGCUGUCUUCAGAAAUUGUACAAGUUGAUACAUUCUUGUUUUUCAAGUGCAAAUUUGGCCUUUUGUGUUUUGAAUUUGAAUUUCAAAGGCAAUAUUGUUAAGAACAGGGAGACAGUUGAGUAGGAUGUUUAACGGAAUGAUGGAUCCUGAGUUGAUCAGACUUGCUCAGGAGCAAAUGAGUCGCAUGUCACCUGCCGAGUUAGCCAGGAUCCAACAACAGAUGAUGGGUAAUCCAGAGUUGAUGAAAAUGGCUUCAGAAAGCAUGAAGAACAUGAGGCCUGAAGACUUGAGACAGGCUGCGGAACAGUUAAAGCAUGUUCGUCCAGAGGAGAUGGCUGAGAUUGGUGAGAAAAUGGCCAAUGCAUCACCUGAUGAGAUAGCUUCCAUGCAUGCCCGUGUUGAUGGCCAGAUCAACUAUAAAAUAAAUGCGGCUAAGAUGCUAAAGAAACAGGGUAAUGAACUUCACAGCCAAGGAAGGUUCAAAGAAGCCUCACAGAAAUAUCUACUUGCAAAGAAAAACCUAAAAGGAAUUCCAUCCUCCAAAGGCAAAUCACUUAUGUUGGCAUGCUCUCUUAACCUGAUGUCAUGUUACCUGAAAAUUAGGCAGUAUGAAGAAUGCAUAAAAGAAGGCUCAGAGGUUUUGGAAUAUGAUUCAAAAAAUAUCAAAGCUCUCUAUCGGAGGGGCCAAGCCUAUAAAGAACUAGGCCGAUUGGAGGAUGCUGAAUCUGAUUUGAGUGAAGCUCAUGAAAUUUCUCCUGAUGAUGAAACUAUUGCAGAUGUUUUAAGGGAUGCCAAGGAAAGAUUGACUCGAGAAGGUGGUCAUGCACCAAGGAGAUUAAUAAUCGAAGAAAUAACUGAAGAAGUUGGGACUACAUCUUCUCAAAACCCAGGUUCAUCUGCAGCAUAUUCAGUGUCACAAUCAAAGCAAACUGUUGAUACUUCUAGCAGUGAAAGUAAUGCUAAUGGCAAGGGUUUAACCAAUUCAGAGUCUGUGCAUGCUUUGAAAGAUGACCCAGAAGCUAUAAGAUCAUUCCAAAAUUUCAUAUCUAAUGCUGAUCCCGAAACUUUGGCUGCUUUAAGCGGUGGAAAAGCUGGAGAGGUAUCUCCUGAGAUGUUCAGGACUGCCUCAAAUAUGAUUAGCAAGAUGUCACCUGAAAAGCUCCAGAAAAUGAUUCAAAUGGCUUCCUCUUUUCACGGGGGAAACCCAUAUACUGUUGGUGAUUCUUCAGAUAACAGUUUCACACCCGGUUCAGUUCCUCCCAAUGUGUCGCCAGACAUGCUUAAAACAGCAACUGAAAUGAUGAGUAAGAUUCCCCCUGAAGAGCUGCAGAAAAUGUUUGAAAUGGCAGGUUCUUCAGAUACUACUUUUAACAAUUUCGGACCCAGCUCAGUUCCUCCAAACAUGUCGCCAGACAUGCUUAAAACAGCAACUGAUUUGAUGAGUAAGAUGCCCCCUGAUGAGCUUCAGAAAAUGUUUCAAAUGGCAUCCUCUAUGAGAGGAAAUGACUCGGUUCCAAAAGCAGCAGCUUUAAGUACUAAUAGACUAAAUUCAGACGCUGGGUCAAAACUGACAGGACAAGAAGGAAAUUUUGUAGUUGAUAGGAAUGACAUAAGUGAAACUAGUUCCUCAAAUGGUUUAUUUUCAAGCUCAAGAAAUGCUUCUCCGCUAAGCUUUCCUAGCUCAACUGCUGAUAUGCAAGAACAAGUGAGAAACCAGAUGAAAGAUCCCGCUAUGCGACAGGUGUUCACAUCAAUGAUGAAGAAUAUGAGCCCAGAGAUGAUGGCGAACAUGAGCGAACAAUUUGGAUUGAAACUUUCUCCUGAAGAUGCUGGCAAAGCUCAGCAAGCCAUGUCGUCUUUAUCGCCAGAUGACUUGGAUAGAAUGAUGCGAUGGGCAGAUAGGAUACAAAGAGGAGCUGAAGGUGCAAGGAAAGCCAAGAACUGGUUACUAGGGAGACCUGGUAUGAUAAUGGCUAUAUGCAUGCUCAUCUUAGCCAUGAUCCUUCACUGGCUAGGCUACAUUGGGAGGUAAGGAGGACCCAACCCUUUUUAAAGUUGUCAGGCAAGUUUAACUUCCAGCUCAGCUAGGAUUGGCUGAACUACUCGUGUAUAAGAAUGGAAGUAGAAAGCGAAGCAAACGAUGUAGGGAAUGAAGAAAAUUGAGAAAUUAUAGGACAGCUGUAAUUUGUACAUUGGGUGACGAAGAUGAUCCCAUAAUUGUUUGAUUUGUUGGUUUUGAGAUUUUUGUUUGUGAACUAAAAGGGAACUCAGAAAGGAGAUUCAAAGUUAUUGAACUAAUGUCCACUAGCUUUUGUGUAAUAUUAUGUAUUUAGCUGUUCAGCAUAUUGAGGUUACCCCUAAACACUAUUAAGGA